AUGCGCCGAUUCAACACGCUCUGCUACAGACAGUACCGCUUCGCAGGGCCACCUGCUGUCUCCAUCGACCGACAAUGGCCCAGAGCCAGUUCCCAGGUUCGACACUGCUCGUGUUCCGCGGCGCCCGUUGACCGGCCCAGAGCUGCUCCCGCCAGACACGCCAGCAACAGCGCCUCGAACAUCCAGCCAGGCACGCCAGCUGCAGACCAUCGAGUGCUGGGAACCGCCCAGGAGCUUUUCACCUCGUCCCCCUACAGCCCCGGCUCGCCGCUCUUCCUCCCCAAUGGGACCCAUGUGAUCAACAAGCUGAUCGCGUUCCUCCGCGCGCAGUACCGCCAGUACGGUUUCCGCGAAGUCCUCACGCCGAACAUCUACAAGAAGUCCCUGUGGGAGGUGUCGGGCCAUUGGCAGAAUUACAAGGAUGACAUGUACGAGGUCCGGGGCCGAGGCGCCAUGGGGGAGAAGGACGGAGAGCUGGGCGAAGACGAGUCGUACGGUCUCAAGCCGAUGAACUGCCCCGGCCACUGCCUGCUGUUCAAGGCACAGAAUCAUUCCUACCGAGAGCUCCCCAUCCGCUACGCCGAUUUCAGUCCCUUGCACCGCAACGAGAUCUCUGGCUCCCUCAGCGGCCUCACCCGGGUGCGGCGAUUCCACCAGGAUGAUGGGCAUAUUUUCUGCCGGCCGCAACAGAUCAAGCGGGAGAUCGCCUUGGCCUUGGGUUUUGUGGACAUGGUGAUGAAGACGUUUGGUCUGGGACAAUACCGUCUCGUUCUGUCUACCCGGCCGGAGAAGGACUUCAUCGGCAGCUUGGAGCUGUGGGACAGCGCCGAAGCACAGCUGCGGGAUGCGCUGAACAAUACGGGCCGCCCAUGGGAGCUGAAUGAGGGGGACGGCGCGUUCUACGGGCCCAAGAUCGAUAUCCAACUGCAGGACUCAGAUGGCAAGUACCACCAACUGUCCACGAUCCAGCUGGAUCUGAACCUGCCCCAACGGUUUGGGCUGGAAUACCAGGUUGCGCCCGGCGAAGAGGAUUACAACCCAGACACUCCCGGAAAGGCCACGCCGGUGCUGAUUCAUCGGGCCAUUUUUGGAUCAUUGGAACGAUUCCUGGCCCUUCUGAUCGAGCACUACGCGGGUCGGUGGCCGUUCUGGUUGUCUCCCCGCCAGGGCAUCAUCCUCACCGUGCAGCAGGACGACGCCGUGCUGCGCCAGGCCCAGGAGGCCGUCGCCAAGUUCUCAGGGUUCCGCACCCUGUUGUCCGGUCCGGAGGAGGGUUCUCAGCCUCCUGCGCCCCUUUCUUCGACCGACCCGACGUUCCUCAUCGACCUCGACACCAGCAGCCAGCCGCUGGGCAAGAAGAUCCAGCGAGCCAAGCAGAUGAAAUACAAUCUGAUCUUUGUGCUGGGGUCACGGAAUCUCGACGAUGGCAGCAUCGAACUCGAUGUGUCGGGUCAGAUGCAGGGCAGCCGCGACGACGGGGCCGCCACGCUGCGUCGUCUGCUGGAAGAUCGCGUUGGAGCAGACUCUCUGCAGAACCUCCGCGCGGUGAAGAUGAAGAUCGACGACGUGCAUCCUCUCUUGCUGCAGCUCGAGAAGAAUUUCUUGUGA